CCAAAAUCCCAAACAAGGAAAUGGUGGGGGAAUAAAACGACCAGAUUAUUUAAUUAAUGCAUGUAAUAAUUAAUAUUUUAUUUUAUUGUAAAUUAAGACGUAUUUAUGGGUUAAAAUGGAUUACGACUUCAAAACAAAGCUGGCGGCCGAGAGAGAGAGAGUAGAAGAUCUGUUCGAAUAUGAAGGUUGCAAAGUGGGUCGAGGCACCUACGGGCACGUUUAUAAAGCUAAGCGCAAAGACGGGAAAGAUGAAAAGGAGUAUGCACUGAAACAAAUAGAAGGCACUGGAAUCUCAAUGUCUGCCUGCAGGGAAAUUGCUCUCUUGCGAGAACUGAAACACCCGAAUGUGAUCGCCCUGCAGAAAGUGUUCUUGUCCCACAGCGACAGAAAGGUUUGGCUCCUCUUCGACUAUGCCGAACAUGAUCUCUGGCACAUCAUCAAGUUCCACCGCGCUUCCAAGGCCAACAAGAAACCCAUGCAGCUGCCCCGAGGGAUGGUGAAGUCUCUGCUGUAUCAGAUUCUGGAUGGGAUCCAUUACCUCCAUGCCAACUGGGUGCUCCAUAGGGAUCUGAAACCAGCUAACAUCUUGGUGAUGGGAGAAGGUCCUGAACGAGGAAGAGUUAAAAUCGCUGACAUGGGUUUCGCCAGGCUCUUCAACUCUCCCCUCAAGCCCCUGGCGGACCUUGACCCCGUGGUGGUGACUUUCUGGUACAGGGCCCCUGAGCUUCUGCUGGGGGCCCGGCAUUACACCAAAGCUAUUGAUAUUUGGGCAAUCGGCUGCAUCUUUGCGGAGCUGCUAACAUCGGAGCCCAUCUUUCACUGUCGCCAAGAAGACAUCAAGACCAGUAACCCCUUCCACCACGACCAGCUGGACCGGAUAUUCAGCGUCAUGGGUUUCCCUGCAGAUAAGGACUGGGAAGACAUUAGGAAGAUGCCGGAGUACCCCACUCUGCAGAAGGACUUCAGGAGGACAACGUAUGCAAACAGCAGCUUAAUCAAAUACAUGGAGAAGCAUAAAGUCAAACCAGACAGCAAAGUUUUCCUGUUGCUCCAGAAACUCCUCACCAUGGACCCCACCAAAAGAAUCACAUCAGAGCAGGCACUGCAGGACCCGUACUUCCUGGAGGACCCACUACCAACCACUGAUGUGUUUGCCGGGUGUCAGAUACCGUACCCGAAACGCGAGUUUCUCAACGAAGACGAGCCGGAGGAGAAAACAGAGAAGAACCAGACUCAGCAGCACCAGCAGACGACCGGCCAGACUCAGGCCCAGAACCAGCAGCAGACCACAGCCCAACAGGCACCCUCCCAGCAGAGCUCCGCCCAGACAAACGGUACCGCCGGAGCCACGGGGGCCACCGCCGGCGGGGGUUUACAACACGGCCAGGACCAGGGGCCACCCAACAAGAAACCUCGGAUCGGGCCCUCCGGGGCCUCCUCAGGCACAGGGGUGUUACAGUCAGAGUAUCAGCACUCCGGCUCCCGCCUUGGUUACCAAAGCAACGUCCAAGGUUCCACCCAGCCCCAGAGCACCAUGGGAUACUCAUCAUCAUCCCAGCAGAGCUCCCAGUACACCCACCAGACACACCGUUACUGAGGGCUCCCGGUCACUCCUGAACCAGCAGAGGAGUUGUCAGCCUCCUCCUCCUCCUCCUUCUUCUUCAGACAACCCUCAGCAACCUCCGCUGAUGUCACCGGAUGCCCUCAGGCUCCCGCAUCCUGCUCGGACCUCCCCUCCUCCACCCACCACGCCCCACCCCCCAUCACCCCCCACCCCUAUGUGCAUUGCAUCAUUCCAAGUCAACCAAUCCCUCAUCUUUGACCUCUUAGCUGACAGCCUUCAUCAGCACUGGAACAUGAAGGCAAACAAACAUAGGAACCAAAAAAAAAAAAAAAAAAGAAAGAAAAAAAAGACAGAGAAUCUAACCAGAAGUUCUGCCUCAUCAGGCUGGUGAACCAUUUUUAAAAGAACUGAAAAUAAUGUAAGAUAGAUGUGAAGGCGUCUCUCACACAAACACACACACACACAGAGACUGAGAACCAUGGCACUUACAAACACAAUGUUCCUCACGAGGAAGAAUUGCAGCUGUGUCCAUAUAUGUACAUUAUAUAGCACCUUUUUUUUAUUUGAUUGUUCUUUUUUUCUCGCUUUUUUUGCUAGUUUUCCAGUUUACCUUGAUAGUUGAUGUCAUUGUAAAUAUUGUUACAUAUGGAAGCUAUCAGAUGAAAUGAAACACAGGAGGAAAAGCAGCCUUUGCUGUCAUUGCUAGUGUACUAUUACCUUGGAUAAUCAAAAGAAAGCUUUGAGCUAACCCUGAAAAAAACAACACAGUCAGUGUUUCUACACAGAGAAAAAAAAAAUCAGCUCUUUAGCUGAUACAGUUGCAGGGAAAUAAAUGCGCAAUUUAACUUAAUCCUCUUAUUAUAGGGUUUCUGUAUUUAGACCAGUCUUUGUCCAGAUUUGGAUUUUGGAAAAUAAGAAAAGCGGCCGUCGUCCUUUUACAGCUCCAGAUUCUGUAUAUUCCGAUUCACUCCGCUUACCUUUGGAGAUACGAAUCGUUUGACGGGCCGAGCUUUUUCUUCCUCUGACCACGGCAGCAUGUUCAGGAGGCUUUAAGACAUCCUCCCGUUCGUGGCCUGGCAGCUCCAAGGCGUUUUUCUUAAUCGGGAGCUGCUGACGGACGCUAUGCUCUGACACCCAUCUCAUCGUGGAUCCUCAAGACUUUCAAGGUUUCUGAACACAGAUGUGCACAUAAAACGUACAGGGCAGCUAACAGUACCCCACACCGCCCCCCUCAUAUGCUUCUUGAGACUGUUACUGCCUGAUGUCAGAUUGUUGUUGUUUUGUUUUUUUUUAUUAAGGUUUUAUUGUUAUCAUUGUUGCCCUGUGAGUGAGUAUGUGUGAGUGUGUGUGUGUGUGUGUGUGUAUAUACAGUAUGUUUUUUAUGCAUGUUGUUUAUCCUUUUACUUACUAGAACUGCACUGACCGCUGAACCAAUCUGCAAAGAGCUGGAACAAAUGUUGGGUGAGUUUUGUCGCCCGGAUCACCCGUCCUCUCCCACCUCUCCCACUCUUGCCGAGCACUGAGCAGAACUUCGAUGAGGGGCACAUUCAAAGCCAGUGGGUGCGUUUCUUUUAAUACACACCUGUGUAAGUGAUGUAAAUGAUCACUGCCUCUACUGCAAAGUAUUCUUUUCUAUUUAGUGCUUUUAAAAAUAAUUUUUAUAUAAAGUAAAAACACCUAAAUGUUAUCUGAAUUUGAAUUAAUGAGUCAAACUAUUAGAAAACCUUUUGAAAUAGUCAGUGGUGGAAUGUAACUAAGUGCAUUGUAAGGAGCUUAUUCAGUGUCUUGCUGAGAAUUAGGUGAGACGAUUGAUACCUCUCUCCUACCUGUAUCCUAAGGAUGAUGCUACCACCAGCAGCCAGCUAGCUUAGCUUAGCAUAAAGACAGAUAACAGCUAGCCUGGCUCUGUCUGAAGGUGUCAAGAUCCACCUACGGGUAUCUCUGAAGCUCACUGAUUUACAUCUAUAUCUUGUUUAUUUAAUCUGUACAGAAACCUAAGUGUAAAAAAGACAAUUUGCAGUUUCUUCUUAUUUCUUUCAACUUAUUUCUUGGCCAGGACUAGUUGCCAGGCAACCAGCAGCGACUCCAGAAAGCUACUUGUCCACAGCCAAGAAAUAGUCUGACACGUGAUCUGUAAAAUGCCUUAUUGGGCCAAAAGGGGAAAAAAAAAAGCAAAUAAUUUUGACAUUCCCAAAAUGUCAAAAUUUUCCUUUAAGUACUUUGUACUUCUACUCCACUACAUUUCAAAAUAAAAUAACCAUACUUUUUACACCACUACAUUUAGUUAAGAGCCUCAGAUACAGAACAUAUGGUAUGAACACCUUCUAAAUGAUCAUGCUUUGUUCAUUUGUGCAUUUGUCAUUAUAGUCUCUAACUGAAACCUAACCCCUUAGUUUUUCUCAAAAUGUGAUAAAUAAUAAAAAAUAAUAAAAUAAAAUAAUAAAAAUCAUCAGAGCAGUAAAUCUAUAUUUUCAUGGCCAAUUCAUUUGUUUAUAGUAUUUUCUAAAAUCAAAUUUCAUCUGUUGCCAAAAUUGUAUUUUGUAAGAGUAAAUGCUACUUUUUAAUACACCAAUAAUAAUCACCUUGUAGUGUAAUCUAUAUAUAUAACACUUUGAAAUGGGCCACUCUACAGUGCUUUUAUUUUUAAUUAAGUAAAUUUAUCUGAUCUCGGAAGAGACUUCAGUUAGAGCAGAUCUUCACUGUUAUCCAGGUUUGCUUUCUGCUUCUCUUCCUUUCAUUUGCCCAAAGCGUGCUCCAUCCUCACUGGUCCUACUUGGUCACAUGACCGCUCAUCCUGCAGGUUGUAUUAAAGAACGCACCCAGUGACUCCAUUGUAACUGUAACUGCAACUGUGUUUUGCUCCAGUACAGACGUGGACAGGGCAGGCUUUUUGGGGGGAGGGGGCAGUGUUUGUCAGUGGGAUGAGGAAACACUGACAUCUUGUGGCUGAAAUGAGAACUGGACCUCUGUCCUUUGUUAAACUGUACAAGUAGAUACAACUGUUUCUGCGAGAGUUAAAGUAAUUUUCAUCAGAAAAUGCAAGACAUGCUGUUUUGGUGUAAAACUGAUAUUACUCUUAUGUCUAGUCAUGUUUCACAACUGCUUAAAGCAGCCACCUCUUUUGCUGUCAGUAAGACAAUAAUGAUUCUUAUUUGCAUCUCACCACUAAAACGUUUCUCCUGAAGGCUUUUUGUUUCAUGCACAGAUGCUAAGAUGAGUCUGUGGCCUCAGAUUCGGUUCUAAAAAUGAGACUCUUUCUGCAAAAUGUGUGUCAGUCUUGCAGCAGCAGAGGUGGAUUUAUAUCAGUCGAUGUUAUGGGUCAGGGGUCACUUCUAUCCAAACCGCAUUUCCGUAAAACGGCAGACGUAAUGUUUUUGGAUUCCGCUUUUUAAAGCAAAAACAAAAUCAUGGAAGUGGAGGAAUUUGUAACAAAUGCAGAUGAGUUUAGCAGGAUUUAUGUCAAAUCCUGACUUUUCUCUUGAAAACCUGAAGAGAUUUCAAAAUACCAUAUGUGGAAAAACUGACAUUGUUUUUUGAAAAAAAAGUGAAAAAUUGAAAAUGAUUAAUGAUCAGCCUUCUAGAGAGCUGGCGUCGCCUCCAAACUAGCUUCUGAUCCACUAGCUUCUGUAACUCAAUGCAGUCACCCAGUGAGUAUUUUAUUUUUCACUGGUCUUUCGAAAAGUGUGUUCCUGGGUUCCUGGCUAUUAGAAGGUGAAAUCUUUACAAUCUUAGUUAAACUUACCAGGAAAAUUUACCAGCGUAGAUACUUACAACAUCAUGACUUGGUUUGUUUCUGUCCAUAACAACCAAAAAUACUCUGUUCUGAUGUCAUUUUGCCAGCUGGCUAAAAGACCUGUUCACAUAAGCUAGGAUUAUUUCACAUAAGCUUCACUUUGGCUCUCUAUAAAGUUGAUAAAGUUAGCAAACAAGUCCGUAUCUGACGCACCUGAACAUGAGUCCAAUAUUCAGUCUUCUUUUAGCUCCCGUUUGGUCUCCACCAAGUCCUGAGAAAAAUGUCUGGUUUUUUAGCUGCCAAAUAUUUUAUUACUAGCUAGUUGCUUGUUUUCUGUUCGGUGCUAGGCAGCUAGCUUACAGUCAGUUGUUAGGGUUUUUUUUUCCAUCAAAAACAUUUGCAGUAUGUCAAAAACCAGGCUGGAAGCCCAAAAGAGUGAGCUAAAAGAGGCUAAACUGCCCAUACCUGGGUGAUAAUUCAUGGUUUCUUCACCUUAAGCAACACCUUUUAGUCAUUUGAACCAUUGUCGAUCUAACAAUAUUUAUUAGCGCAGCUUUAAAGACAAACUUCAGGUAAGGAAUUCCCACCUGAAAUGUACAUGUAAAGCAUUUCGGAAGUGAGCUCCUCAUCAUACUGCUUCAGUGGUUUGCUUCACCAUUCCCACUCUUCUGCUUUCCGACAGUCCGGAAGACAGAUCCGGGGGUGGGGGGACGCAGCUUGUCCGGUUCUAUUUGACGAGGGAUCAAAACCAGCAGCUAUUCGAAGGUUUCCUCCUCCCUUUAGUGUGCGUGUAUUUGAAGUCAAACUGAGCAGCGACGAGGACACGUUUAGACACUUUGUUGUAAAAUUUCUCUCUCCACACAAGCGAGGUGUCACUAGUAUUAUUAUUAUUAUUGUUAUUAUUAUUGAGCACGAGGCUCUUUUGGACAAUUUACUGUCAAACAACUUCUAUGCAAAAGAAAAAAAAAAAAAAAAAUCCCAGUCUAAAGCUUUCACCUGUGCUUAG